AUGCAAAAAGUACAAAAACAACAAGCGUUAAAAAAAAAAUCAAAUUUUGGGGUUCAACUCGAGAUUAAAAAAAGUGUUGCUUUUUUGUAUGGCGGUCUCAGAGCUAAAUAUUUAACCACUCUUUUUCAAAAGAGUUUUCAGCGAAAAGGCAGCGUGAGUCAAAAUAUGAUCAGUUUUUUGGAAAAACGUUUAGAUACCGUGCUGGUAAAAAACCAUUUUGCGGGGAGUUUUGCCCAUGCCCGCCAACUUAUUAGCCACCAGAAAGUUAAGGUGAACGGGGUACUUAUCCAAGUGCCGUCUUUUCAAUUAUAUCCUGGUGACGUAAUCAGUUUAGAUGACGAAGCCCAAGACCAAGUUAGACAAACUAUGCGUGAUUUUUUGAAUCGUCAAGAAGAACAAAGCGGUUUGAAAAACUUCAGCGCAAAAAAAGAACGAGAUUUUACCAACACCGUGGUUUGGUACAAGACCACUUACUGUGAAGUGAAUUAUAAAACACUAGAGAUUGUGAUUUUAUUUGCUCCACAAAAUGUUCACUAUCCUAUGAAGGUACAGACAGAAAAGUUUACCAAAGUUUUUAAACGUUAA